CGACCUUAGCCUGUUCCACAACGAAACAUACGUACUAAAAAAUAUAUAUUCUACAAAUUUAUUUAAAAUUAAGUUAUUUGACAACAACUCAAUGACAGCUCAUUCACAUAUUAAAUUAUAUUUUAUUAACAAAUGAAUAUAUAACUAAUAAUAUUAUUAAAUAAUGGAGAAUUAUUAUAAAGGGAAAAAUGUGGAGGAAGACUUAGAACGGGACAGAAUACCAAUUAAAAAUUUACCAGAGAAUUUUCUUUGGAUGCAAGUAAAAGGUGGAAGUAAAAUGGGAAAUCUGCUUUCACAUGCAUCCGGCAUUUUGGAGGAUAAAGCAACAACUGCUGUUGUUUGGAGCGCAGCAGGAGUAGGAAUCCCAAAAGCUAUUUCCUGUGCAGAAAUUUUGAAACGACAGUUUUCAAUAGGAUAUCAAGUUACUAAGUUAACACAUAAAAAUGUUGAAGAAUAUUGGGAACCCAAAUUGGAUGGACUUGAGACAAUUGUAGUCAAAAGACAAAUACCUGUAAUACAUAUACUACUGUCAGUAACUCCUAUUACUGAUAUUAAUGAACUUGGAUAUCAAACCUUACAAGGAAAGAAAUUUUGGCAUAAAGAGGUUUCUACCAGCAACACAAAGCAAAAUCAACCAUAUAAAUCUAAAAAACUUUUUAAAUAUAAGAAAACUGUUGAAAAUUCAUAGAAAGAAAUAAACUUUACACUAUUAUUUGCUUA